UCCGCCCCUUCCAGAAAAGAGAAGGUCUCCGACCUUCGUGCUGACGCGCUCGCGCGCGCUAUAUAACCGGCAGGUCCGCGGCCUUUCGUCGCCACGGUUGCAGAGCCAGCGAGAGACGCGACUUGCUUUUCGCUUCAUCCGUAGCGAGCUUACGAGUUGCUGCCCAUCACUUUCUUGGUCGUCUCUGAUCGAUCGGCCUGAGCUCCCGGCAGCGGCAGCGGCAGCGGAAGGACAGGAGGAGGAUGAGCUCGGUGUGCGCGAGGCCCGUGGGCUCGGGCUGCUACUUCGCCGGGGCCAGGGGCCAGCGGCGGGCGCGGGUGCGGGUGGCCGCCGCGGCGGCGGUGGCCGCGCCGGCGUCGAAGGCGACGAUGUACGAGGUGCUGGCGGUGGAGGAGACGGCGGGGCCCGAGGAGAUCAAGGCGGCGUACCGGCGCGCGGCGCGGCGGUGGCACCCGGACGCGUGCCCCGGCGGCGCCGACCGCUUCAUGGCGGCGCGGGAGGCCUACGAGGUGCUGUCCGACCCGGAGCGCAGGCGCGGCUACGACAUCCAGCUCCGCUGCGGCGGCUUCGGCUUCGGCGACGCGGGCUACCGCGCGGCGCGGCGCGCGGGGUUCGCCGACUGGGAGUCGCAGCUGGCCGGGCUGCAGUGGCGCGCGGCGGAGCGGCGCGGCCGGGAGACGUGGGGCAGCAGGAUGCGCCGGGCCGCCGCGUAGCAGACCCAUUGUAACCUUGGAGGCGCUAUCAAAUACUCCAUUGUAACCCUGGAGGCGCUAUCAAAUACCAUUGCUUCAUCCGGGUUCUUACGAAAUGCGAUCACCGAAUCAAAACAACACGACCGUUUCCUGUCACCGGUUCACCACUCGUUUUUUUUUUGAUAAAUGUUUCCUGUCACCACUGUCUAUGCAAAAUGAUUUCCGGUCGAUACCGUGCCAACAGAUAUUUUUCUGGAUCAACAAAGCUGAACUCAAGUGA